GACAGACCUAGCAAGAGAAAGUGGAGGAAGGGAAAGGGGAGGUUGCAGUAACAGUAGUGACUGCAGCCGCAGCAUCCCUUGAGGAGUGAGGGAAUCAAGAGAUGUGCAAUCCAUCUAGCUCUCAACCAAGCCAGUCUUGUGGAUUAAGUCUUCUUUUCUAAGCCAGACUACAAGAGCUCAUCCGCAGCAAGACUGUCUCACACUCUUUCUCUCUCUAUGCCUGGCACUGCCAUCACAGCCAGUAUGGACAUAGCACAGUGAGCAGCUCUGUUUGUGUCUCUUUUCACAGACUCCUUCACCAUCUCUCUACUUUAUUCUCUACUCAUCUUCUCUACCUGUUAACUCAUCUUCCUUGUCCUUUUCUGUCAUCUUCCACGUUUGAUUUCCUGUGUCUGUCCUGCUCUUCUUGCCCUGUCCUCCUCCUCUCCUUCCUCUCUCUCUUUCUGCUGUUUCAGACACAGAGCAGCAAUGUGCAGCCAGAAGAAAUUGCUGUUAGCAUUAGCUUUUAGCUAUCGACAUCUUCACUGAGAAGGGAGCUUUUAGGGGUGACCCUGUCCAUCCAUCCUCUGGUAUCCGCCACUGACCUGCCCUCCCCACCCACCACUGUAGGGUGGGAUGGGCAGGGUUGGGUUAGUUAGCCAGGGGCUCGAGGGUUAGCAACAGGGCAGGAGAUGCCAGACAGUAAGGGACGAGGACAAGGAGGAGGUGGGGGCGAGUGCUCGCGGGGCAAAAGGAGGCUGAGGAAGGGAGGCAGCCGUUCAGCCAUCCCCGCACUCUUCACCAUCACUGAGGAAGAGGAGGGACAGAGACGGAGAGAUGCUUGCAGGAGGAAGAAAAGAGCGUCUUACUCCCAGUAUAAAUCGGAGGAUGGCGGAGCAUCUUCAGCCGCCCGCCCUGGCUCCUCGGGCUCCGGACAGACUUACACUCCCACCCUGACCCCUACACCCACCCCAACUCCGACUCGAACAACCACCAGCAACAGCCCCAGUAACAAUGCUGCCACCAAAACAGAUUCACUGCUCUUCAACAAGAUUGACGAGAGACAGAGGUUGGCCCGUGAGCGCCGAGAGGAGCGUGAGAAACAGAAUGCUGUCAAGGAGGUCCAGUGGCAGGAGCGCCAGGAGCGAGCCAGGCAGCACUAUGAGAAGCACCUGGAGGAGAGGAAGAGAAGGCUGGAGGAACAGAGGAUAAAGGAGGACAAGAGACGAGCUGCCGUGGAGGAGAAACGACGGCAGAAGCUGGAAGAUGACAAGGCUCGUCAUGAAGCGGUGAUCCGUCGCACUUUGGAGAGGAGCCAGGGAGCCAGACAGAAGCCCAACCGCUGGUCUUGGGGCGGGGCACUGCACACAAACACUCCCAGCACACCAGCCGGUUUUGUCGAGUCGGCUUUCCUCUAUCCACUCGACCUUGCUGGACUGGAGCACAUGCAGAGUGCUUUCAGUCUCUACCGCAGAUACGGAAUGACCUCCCAAUAUGCUGACAGGCGGUCAGUGUCCACGAUGAAUUUAUCCAAACACACAGACCCCGUAAUUACCAAGCGCCUCUCCUCCUCCUCUGCCACACUCCUACACUCACCAGACCGAGGCUUACAGACGAGAACAGCCUCCUCCCCUGUCAUUAACAAAGCUCAGUCCAAACCCCGCCUACACCUGGGAAAGACCACCCACCACAAAAACACAGGCCUGCGCCGUCUUCCUCUGACGCCAUGGGAGAGCAAUGUGGUGAACCGUCUGCAGCAGCCAACACACUCCUACCUGGCCCGUAGCCGCAGUGCCAUGAGUCUGUCUGGAGAGCAAACAGCCAUGCCUGUGUGUCCUCGAUCAGUUUCCUGCCACCCCAUGGGCUCCAUGUCAUUCAAGGCCCUGCAGGCCCAGCCGCUCCCUCACUGUCGCAGCCAGGAGAGGAGCCUCAGCAGGGAGACGGCCUCCUCUUCCUCAACCGUUGCCCGCAGGAGGACCACUGGAACAAAACCGCAAAAGAACCGUGACUAUGUGAGGAAGUCAUGGAGCAACCUGUCACUCCCAUUGGCUCCCAUUCUGACUUUGCCCUCAAGCAAGUCCUCCUCUUCUUUAGGCAAAAAGACCAGCAAAGUAACAACGCCCUCUCCUGGCAGGCCUCCACAGAAGACAGCAGGGCGCCCUCCGACCCCCAAGCUGCUUAAGUCUCCUGGAGCAGAGGACCCCGGAAACCUUCGUCCUCUCAAGAUCACACCCGAGAGCCCCCACUCCUCUACACCCACCGCAUCCCAAGGGGAGGAGGAAGAACAGGUUCUAAGUCCUCUACAGCCUCGACCUCAGCCGCUUGGCCAGAACAAGACCAGUACUGAGGAGACACCAGCAACACCAACAGCAACCAGCGAGGGUGUAAGCAGUCCUUCAGCCCACAAGCCUUCAGCCGGCACCACAGAUCCAGAGGAGGCGAGUCGCAUCCUGGCUGAGAAUCGUCGCCUGGCCCGCGAGCAGAGGGAAAGGGAGGAAGAGGAGCGCAGGCAACAAGAGGAGCGGGCGAGACUAGCCAAGGAGGAGAUGGCUCGCCGUAAGGCUGAGGAACGAGCAAAGAGAGAGGAGGAGGCCCAGCGCCAGGCGGAGGAGAGGAGAAGGAAGGAAGAGGAGGAGAGAAAGGCGGAGGAGGAGAAAGAGAGAGAGGAGGCAGAGAGACUCCAGAAACAGAAAGAGGAGGAAGAGUCUCGUCAGAAAGAGGAGGCGGAGAGACUGAGGCAGGAGAGAGAGAAACACUUCCAGAAAGAGGAGGCUGAACGCCUGGAGAGAAAGAAGCGUUUGGAGGAGAUCAUGAAAAGGACAAGACGUUCAGACACAGCAGACAAGAAAGUGAAUCCUAAUAGGAACGGGGACAAUGCGGUGGCCCCUGCCUCUCCUGGUCCAUCUGCAGUGACUGUUUCACCGACACACCAUAGCAACGGUCGCCAACCUGACCCCAACCCAAACCCCAGCACCGCAGCACUGAGCCAUCCUGACCAGAGUGAAAACGGGGAGUUUGAAGAGGUGAUUGUACUGCCUUCAGAUUCCAGGUUGUCUCCACCUGAAGGACAAGAGCAGCAGCAGCAGCAGCAGCAGCAGCAGCAGGAGGAGGAGGAAGAGGAGGAGAGAGUUCCUGUCGUAGCCUUUAGGGAGAACGGUCUCCUAAAGCCUCUGAGCGGAGUAGAAGAUAUAUCAGCCCAGCAGGGACCAGAUGUUGCCUGAUGCCCUGUUAGGACGAAAUGAUCCAUACACAGAGCACCAGGAAGAGAGACAUGGUCAGAGAGAGGUGAAACACAGAGCUGUUGGACAAAGGAAGGACUCACAGCAUCAUAGACACCCUUCCAGAGGUUUUACUUUCUCACCCUCCUGCGUCCCCCUGCUGACAGAUGAGCACCGUAAGCCAUUUCCCAAAGAUGGCGUCUCCAAAGAUCUCCCUCUAGCAUCCUCAGAGAGAAGUUACUUUCCCCUCAGUGAACUCCCCUGGGGAACAGAUCGUCUCUCUGUCUCUGACCACUUGGUCAUAAUGUUCUGUGUACAGCUGUUCUGCUCUGCACCCCAACUACCCGAUUCUCAAUUGAAUGUCCUGAAAUCACAGGAGGGCAUUGAACACCUUAUUCCAUCUUGUGACUCUUGUGUGUGUGUGUGUGUGUGUGUGUGUGUGUGUGUGUGUGUGUGUGUGUGUGUGUGUGUGUGUGUGUGUGUGUGUGUGUGUUUGUGUGAGUAUGAAUGAGAGACUAAUAAUAAUGUAAACUGAGAUCAGCUGUAAAGUCUUUAAUCAUGAUACUUGAAUAGUUUCUUUUUUUUUCUUGCUGUAGAAGGUAGUCAGAUUGACAAAAUCAGCAAUGUGACGUUAUAACUGGAACUUGCACAACAAGCUUAGAAUUAUAGGUUUUUGACUGGAACUUCAUAAUUCUAAUGUUUCAACAUUUUCUAUUGAAAUGUUGCAGAAUAGAUGGGGUAUAUGAAUGAUAUCAGUCCAUGAAGUUGUAUUGACAUUGGAAAGUUUCAUGUGAUGUAAUAUAUUUUUUGCUGAGUCUACAGUGUUUAAAGCUAGAGGUUGUUAUUGGGGUGAGGCAGCGGGUUGGAGUUAUGAUGUUUAAGUUAAUUAAUGACCAAAUGAAAAUACUGUUCUCUCAGAAAACUGAGAAUUAGGGUGUAAACUACUGAUUAUUUGUUUAGUUUUAUUUAAUUGCUGUACAGAUAAAAAUGUGAUUCUUUAUUUUGUCUUCAUUCUGUUCCCAAUUUCUGUUCAAAUUGUGAAAAAAAAAAAAAUCUUUACUUUGACUUGAGGUCCUGCCCUUUCUUAUUCACUUGUUUACCAUUUACGUUUAACCCUGUCGAAGCUGCAUCCCAUCACACUUUCUCACUGAGCCUGUGAGCAGUGUGUCGGAGGACCUCGCCGUAGCAUAGCUACCUUGUGUUUGGAGGUUGACCUUUUGUUUUGGCCAAGAAAGUACGAAAUGAAUUAAAAUAAUUUACUGGUGAUGUUAAAUUUAAAAUAUAUCCUGAUUCAUUUGAUCUUUUUUUUUUUUUGAUUAAGGAUUUAAGAAUAAAUGCUGCUAAUUGUGAUGUUCCUUUGCCUUACCACGUCAUAGAAAGAAAAGUGAGGUGAUGCCAGGAUUUGUCUGUAUUCAUUCUUACUGAAAUGAGAAUAUAUAUUCCCAGCAUGAGCGUUGACAUUCUGGCCAGGUGCCCAAAUUCUCCAGUGGCUUCCUUUUCUUUAUUUAUGUUCAUGUAUGAACGCUCAUGAUUAAAUGUUGUCAGUUAUGUCAUCAUGUAAGAGCUAUAAUGUCAAACUGUCCUUCAUACAGCUUUUCAUUAAGACAAAAGAGGGGGAUUACAGGAAAACACAGGAACCUGACCGUUACCCCCUCAUGUGACCUCACUCAUUCUCCCACAACGCCCAAUUAUGCUGCUGUCCAGCAUUUGGCUCUCAAACUUUUGCACUUCAUUUCCUUUUUGUUCAUAUCUUGCAGUACCACCAAAAUGGAAGGAAACUUAAGAAAGAUUAUCCAUGUCUUGGAUAUGUAGUACUGGUUUUUGCCAGUAAUACAUAGCAUGCUGUUAUCAACACGAUAACUUGACUUAGCUUGCAAAUAAAUUGCUUUAACUGAAGCAUUAUUACUUGUAAAGUACAUUAUACAUAGAUAUCCUAUAAAUUAUGUAUAAAAGUUGAUAUAUUUUACUAAGACUGACCACAAAGCUUUGAAAACUAAACAAGCCCUUUACUUCACAGGAAAAAGGGCUGUAGGAUGAGCUGUUUGAACCACUGUCAAACUGAAAUCUUUGUACAAAUAUACCAGCUGUACUGUUUGGCAAGUAAAUAAAAUGUUUUGAAUUGA